AUGCAGUCCUUCCGUGAGCGCAGCGGUGGUUACCACAGCAACCAACCCUGCUACCAGCAGGAGCCCCAUGAAUUAUCCCGCCUGGAGACCUACCGGCAACACCCGCAUCACCCCCACCCUCAGCACCCACACCCAGGGCCCGGUCCCCAUCCAGGCCCAGGUCCUGGGCACAGCAGGCCAGGCUAUGAGGCCCACCAGCUAACUAACCCCACAGGCAUGCCUCCAGCAGGAGGACCAGGAGCCGGAGGAGGACCCAAGGACUGUUACAGCCAGCAAGCUUAUGCCAGUUACCCAGGCAGUGGUGGAGGGAAUGGGAGUGGAAAUGGAGGAUCAGCGCCCCCUCAGGCAAAGAAGCCCUAUCGAGGGAGCAAAGUGCCUCCUCCUCCCCCCGGCCAGCACCUGCAGGGCCCUGGAGGCUAUAGUAACCACAUGGGCCCAGGGAAUUACUCAGCCCAGUACAUGAGCGAGGGCCAUCUUCAGCAGAAGUGGGAGGACCCAGCUCAGCUAGCGCAGUAUGACCAGGAGAUGGUGGGACGCAUGGAGACUGGUGGCCCACCUGCCCCUGGCUCCUCCCAGUACAUGGACCAGAAUAUGCUGAGCCACUCACAGACCCAGUGCCACCAGCCCUCCACCCCAGCUUAUGCCAGCCCGCACCACCAACCCCACCCACCCAACCCCGCCCCCUCCCCUCUUAUGUACCCACAAAGUCACCUACACUACCCCCAGCACUCGCCCUCUCCCUCUCCUUAUAUGGAGAAGUGCAGCCCUAUGCCCCACUGUUACAAAGGCUACAGCAUGCCCCCCAACUCCCAGUAUGGCAGACAACUGAGCAGCCACAGCAGUCUGAAGCAGGGGGGCUACAGGCCCACCCAAAACAGUUAUGGCUACCAGCAGCCUACCUCUAGGGGCUAUGAGCCACAGCCCCCUUUACAGGCCAUGCCCACCCCCCAAGAGCCUCACCCUAAAUACCAACACUACAGCCAAUCCCAACCAAACUACUGUCUGUCAGAGCUGUCCGUCAGAUCACCAGAACAGUACUACCAAACCUGUAGCCCCUCAUCCAGCCACUCCCCUGCACGCUCUGUAGGCCGUUCACCCUCCUACAGCUCCACCCCCUCACCACUAAUGACCAAUCCAGAGUCUUUCCAGUACAGCCAACCUCCCAUGACCCCUGGGGCUGCCUCCUCCUCCUCUUCCUCCUCAGCAGGCAUGCAGGAGCAAAGUAAUACUAACACUAUGCUGAUGCCGCCACGCUCACACCCCUCACCUAAUGUGCCCCAUGCAGCCCCCCACUGCUACACCACCACACCACAAGGCCCCACCAUGAAGGAACGCUUCUCAGAGAAGCUGCUGUCCAACCCCAGCUUGUGGAGUCUGAACGCACUCACCUCUCAGGUAGAGAACAUCUCCAACAAUGUCCAGCAGCUGCUACUCUCUGAGGCCCUGGUGGCCAACAAAAAAGGCAGUAAGCGCAGCAGCGGAGGGAGCAACAGUAGUGUUGGCAGUGGCACAUCCUCCAAGAAGGGUGAGGAGUAUAAAAGCCCUCCAUACCCAGAUGGGGUUGGUGGUAAUGUUAGCGGAGGCGCCAUGCAGGACCCCUACUCAACCCCACAGCACCAGCCACUGCCCAUGGAGCUGCAUGAGGGAGGCUACUCCAGCAGCAGUGAUGAACAACUAGAGAGGAGCUACUACUACUGUGGCCAGGGUAGGAGUCCAGCCCAGGCCCCCAACAAUGCCCAUCUCAGUCUGGACACAGCCUCCUCAUGCUCCAUGACAUCUCCAGAUGAUAUGUCGACCAGGUCAGGGGACUCCGGUCUUCAUAACCUUACCCCAGACCCUAGGUGUCAGUCAGGGCAGGGGGGAGAUGGCAUGAACACUCCAGUAAAGAGCAUAGGUGAUGAGAGGUCUCCUACCAGUGUCACGAUCCCUAGCCCUAUGAAACAAGAGAGGGACUCCCCUUCAGAUAUCCAACGUAUCAGUGAUUCUGUAAAAGAGAACUUUGAAGAAUCAGCAUGGACAGAGAAAACAGCUGACAAAGAUGAUGUGACAACAAAAAAUAUUUCUGACCAAGAGAAAGACUCAAUCACUACUAACUCUACAGAGAAACUAGAGAAAUGGACAGAGGACGAGAAGGGUCCUGCUCUCUAUGGCAAAAUAAACAAAGAUGUGACAACAAAGAGCUAUUGCUAUGAGGAGACAGUGUACCAGGAGCUCCAGAGCAAAUAUGACCCUGAUACGAGAGACUCAGUUGAACAGUCUCCGGCAGCUCUCUCUGACUCCAGCAACAAGGGACACUUAGGCCAAGAGAUGAAAUCAGAGGCCUUCAAGUCUGAAUCUCCCACUGCCUCUGAGAGCUCUGUGAAAACAUCGCCUUUCAUUUCUAGGGGUGACCUUGAACGUGAUCAAUAUUCCACAGAGAAGGAGGACAGUUCAGAGAACACCUCACCAACCCCCCACGUUGAAGGCCUGGAUGAGAGCAACUUAGACAAGAAGGAGAACAGAGAGGAGGACGAUGAUGAAGAAGAGGAGGAGGAGGGGGAGGGAGAGGGAGAUGAUGAGGCUGAUGAGGAGGAAGAAGAAGAAAUACAGAAGCAGCAGCAGCAAAAUUUUCUAUCUCCUCCUCCCUCUGCAGAGGAUAGGGAGGAGGAGGAUGAGGAGGAGGAGGAGGAGGAGGAGGAGGAGGGGGAGAAAGUGAGCCAGUCAUCAACUGAGGAGAACAUGAAUAAUAGAGAGGGACCAGAAAAGCCUACUGGAGACCUCUGCAACAGGACAGACAGCCAGAGCCCUGAGCCCCACACUGACACUGAGCCUGCAGGUGUGCCUGCCCACCCAAAUACAGCAGCAGCAACAGCAGCAGCAGAUGCUUCUGAGAGGGGGUCAGCCAUUGGUGACACUGCUCCUCAGCCUCAGUCUGCUAUGCCUGUUUUCUCAGCUCUCAACGAAAAAGCGACCCCUCCGGCUCAGGCCAGGGAUCAUAUUGAUCACAGUGAUGCUAAAGUGCUGGAGCCAGAUUCUCCCCAGCUGCCUGGGAAGUCAAUACUUCCCUCAGCCCCCUCCUGGGCAGACACUCCGCCAUCCCCAAAGAAAGGUGAUGAGGACAUGGAACCGGGCAUCAGCUGCCCCAGUGCUGUGACCCCCUCAGCCAAACCUGAGCCUGUGGCCCCAUCUGCUCAGCCAAGAGCCUUUGGACGCAAGCAUGCCAGGGGCAGAAGGAGACUCAUGCACUCAGGUGUGGGGAUCAGGCGGCAGCUGAGCUUGGAGAGGGAGGUGGAGAAGGAGGAGGAAGGAGCCCCCUCACCUACACAAAAACCCUGCAUGCCCUCUAGCAAAACCGUGCUUUUCUCAGAUCAGAUGGAUCUUGAUCACCAAGAAUCCAUAUUGAGCCAGACUCCCAAAAUUCUAACUGAUGGUUUUCGCUCUAGAAUGUGCACUCGCUCAUUCAAUGCACCAGAUCUGCCACCCAAAAUUGAGCCUCAUGUGAAAAGAAAACCAGGGCCAAAGCCUGGUUCAAAACCUGGGCCCAAACCUGGGCCAAAACCAGGGCCAAAACCUGGACCAAAACCAGGAGCAAAGCCAGGUCCAAAACCAGGGCCUAAGCCUGGCCUAAAGCCUGGACCUAAACCUGGGCCCAAGCCUGGACCCAAACCAGGCCCUAAACUAGGAUUAAAACCUGUGCCAAAUGUAACAGAUCUGCCCCUAAAAGUUGAGACCCCUGUGAAACGAAAACCAGGACCCAAACCAGGUUCAAAACCUGGACCCAAGCCUGGAUCUAAGCCUGGACCAAAACCUGGACCAAAACCAGGACUAAAGCCAGGUCCAAAACCAGGACCUAAACCUGGGCCAAAGCCUACAGAUGUUUUACACCCAACUGAUAUUGUGGUCCCCAAGGCCCCAGUGGGCCGUCCCAAAGGUUCAGUUUCUAAAACAAAGUUGAUACAACAAGACGAAAUCAUUCAGCCUUUGACAGGGUUGCAAAACAGGGGCAGGAAAAGUCUAAAAGCUACAAUGCCACAAGAAACCCAGGAUGUAAAACCAGUAAACCAAGAGCAAAAACAAGAAAAACAAGCAAACCAUGAGCCAAAAGUGUCAGGCAAGGAUGGUAAGAAUAUGGUUCUGAGAUCUAGAAAGCCCUCACGGGAAAAACUUUCAAAAGAAAAGCCCUUUGAAGAAGAUUAUCUACCCCAAACUCUGACAGAAACAAAAGCCAACAAUGUUGCUCUGAAAGUAGAAGAACCUCUUAGUAUAGAACAGAAUCUAGCUGUCUUUCCUGCAACAGAGAAAAACACAGAUGUUUCAGUAGCCUCACCUGCCCCACCUUCUCUACCGGUUGCAACUGACAAACCUGAAGAAAAAACAUUGCUUCCGCUAAAACGAAAACCCAGUCCAGAACCUUCUCCAAUGCCAGUAAAAAAAAAGAGAGGCCCAAAGCCCAAACCAAAACCUUUGCCAUGUGAAACCCCACUGGUGGAACAGGUAGCACCCCAACCUAAAGAGAAGGGUGUCCGGGGCCCCAAAAGAAAGCGAGGGCCACCCAAGAAAGCCUCUGUGAGCCUUCCUCUAACCAAAGAGACACUUCCCACCAUCGGUGAAAGUGACAUCACUAGUGAUGUGCCUGCAGUGCCCCCUCAGUGCCCCACUAAAACAAAAGUCCUUCCACCACGCAAAGGCAGAGGGCAGAAAUACGAGGCCAUGGUGCAGAAAAUUACAUCUCCUAGCUCAAAGAAACACCUCCCAACCCCGCAGGUAGAGAGUAAUCUAACUGAUGACAUGACAACCAAGGCGUUGUCUCAGCAUGUCUUAAGGGAAAGUGAGACAUCUAUGCCAGUUAAUAGCAACGACAUGACAGAAGGAGAGGUGAAAAGCCCCCGGUCUAGACAAGAAGGAGUGAGGCAAGAUGAAGGGGGUGUGAGAAAAGAGGGGGUGACACAAGACAGGGAAAAACAGUUGAGUCAAGAGUUGUCAAAACCAGAGGGGGUAAGACAAGAAAUGGUUGAAGAGGUAGUGAGACAGGAGGAGCUGAGGCAGGACAACAUCGUACCAGAAGACCUAAGACAUAAAGACACUAUAGGAAGUCAAGAGACACAGCAGGAGGCAGCAGUUGACAUGGUAUGGAGCUCAAUGGGGGAACAGGUAGACCUCGGGGCUCAAGGAGAGACGAUGCAGCAGGCCUCAGCAGGAGUAUCAGACUCAGCUGCGACCACCAAGCCCAGCAGAACUAAGAGGAAGAGAUGGGCCAUGGUGGAGAGCACAGAUGCCUCAGUAGUAGCCUUGGAAGCAGGGAGCCUGAUAGUCACCACACCACGGCUAGCCAAACAGAGGGCAAUAAAGAACAACCACGAGAUGCACCUGAAACAGAGGAGGAAGAAGAGAAAAGGCCAGGCACCUAUAGAAGGAAAAGAAACAGCAAAGGAGGCAAAUAUUGAAACAGCAGAACAACAACAGGAGGAGGCAGAAACAAAGGAACCCCCCACAGAGACCACGAUGCCUCUCCCUAUCAGCCCAGACGAGAUCACUGAGGCCCCCCAGGUUACCAGCACACAACUCAUCCAGAAGCCCCGGAGAGGCAGAAAACCCUCAGCAAACCCCACCAAGAGGAGACGUGGCAAGGCCCCAGCAGAGCAGAUUGCUGGCAAGCCUGUGAAGGUGCACAAAAAACCUGGGCCAAAACCAGGGAUGAAAGACGCCAUGGAGGUUAUUGAGGCAGUAGUAAGGGCUGCGGGGUGUGAACAGACGGAAAAAGAAGAGAGAGAAAAAGAGGAAAGAGAAAAGAGAGAACGAGAAAAGAAAGAGAGACAGGAGAAAGGUGUUGUGGGUCCUGUAGUUACAGUAUCAGGAAAACGGACCGAGACAAUCUCUGUGAAAAGGAUCAGACGCAAGCCUGUCCAAAAAGAUAACAAACUCUCUUUCUGUCCGUAUGUGCGCAUAAACAACUCCAGAGACUUUCUUUCUUGGUGCACCGUAGUCAACAGGCCCGAGGAGGCAGUAACACUAAAGAAACGUAAGAAAAAGAGUAUAAUGAGAAUGAAAAAUCCCAUCACAGUUGCUAAGGUGGUACCACACACCUUAGCAAUGCUCCAGGGACCCUUGGUUGGUAGAAAUCUAACAGACAGGUGUCUUACGUGUUGUCUGUGUGGUAAGCCAGCAAAUUACAGAGACCUGGGUGAUUUGUGUGGUCCAUAUUACACGGAAGACAGCAUUCCACGGAAAAUCCUGACUGCCAGGCACACAGAGUUCUUCAGGGACAUCCCGGAGAAGACUGAUGACAGCAGUAACAGCAGCGAAGAGCCGGUCAGCUGCUCAAAGGAUGAAGGAGAGAGUAGCACGGAGAAAGAGGGCUGUACAGAAGAAGCUGCCCAAGAGGGCACUAGUAGCGGGCACCAUCAUUGCCGCCAUAGACGGGCAGAGAGAACAGACAGAGUGGUUCGGGAAGGCGGCACGCGGAGACUAACACUCCGAGAGAGGUUCAGGAGAAUGAUGCAGCUCCAGGCCAUGGGGAGCAGUAGCACGGGGGUAUCCAGUGACCAGGGGGGCAGUGGUAGCUUGUUCCAGAGGCUUCUAGGAGAGGCAGAAGCUAAGGAGCACUGGGCACAUGAAAACUGUACCAUCUGGACCAAGGGGGUGAUCAUGGUGGCGGGGAGGCUGUACGGACUCAAGGAGGCUGCCAGCACCUCAGCCCAAACGAAGUGCUACAAGUGCCAGAUUGUGGGGGCGUCCCUCAGCUGCUGUUGGAGAGGCUGCACUCAUAAAUACCAUUACGUCUGCGCCAAAGAGAUAGGCUGCACGUUCCAUGAGGAUGACUUCUCCCUCAAAUGUCCUAAACAUGAGGAUCAGUAAGAUAUGCCAGAAUUCCACCUCCACCACCGCUACCACCUCUCGAUCAGGCAAGCACCACCUAUGCAGCGAGGCACAGGGAAACCACCAUCCUGACAACCACCUUUACCUGACGAUCGCUGACGAGAGGCAACG